CUGUUUUUGUCUUCUCAUUUCAGCUGUGAGCUCAGCAAAGAGGCGCUCGCUCUCGAGCCGCUCCGCCAGACUUGGGCUUCAGCUCCCAAAAGCCGCCAAUAAUCCGUUUGCUCAUUUUUAUUCUGCGUCCCCUCCUUGCCACCCCCGCCGGAGCCUUUUAUAAACGAGCCGGUGGCCCGCAAAGUCUGCUCAUUACGCCUCAACGUCCAUCUGACACGAAACUGUAUUACAAUGUCUGAUGUAGAAGAUCAUGGCGUGCACCAGGAAGAAGAAGAUGAGCAAGGAGAAGGAGGAGAACGGCCCAAGCACAAGCCGUUGGCCACACAGCUCGCUCCCCCAAAGAUCCCAGAGGGCGAAAGAGUUGACUUCGAUGAUAUCCACCGAAAGCGAAUGGAGAAAGACCUUCUGGAGCUUCAAACUCUGAUUGAUGUCCACUUUGAGCAGAGGAAAAAAGAAGAGGAGGAGCUCAUCGGGCUGAAAUCGAGGAUUGAGAGUCGCCGGGCAGAAAGAGCCGAGCAGCAGCGUGUGAGGGCAGCAAAAGAACGCGACAGACAGUCCAGAAUUGCUGAGGAGAGGCAGAGAAAGGAGGACGAGGAGGCCAAGAAGAGAGCGGAAGACGAGGCCAAGAAGAAGAAAGUGCUUUCCAACAUGGGGGCUCAUUUUGGAGGAUUCCUGGCCAAGGUGGAGCAGAAGAGGGGCAAAAAGCAAACGGCGAGGGAGAUCAAGAAGCAGACGCUGUCGGAGAGGAAGCAGCCGCUGGCCAUUGAAGACCUGAGAGAGGACGCACUCAGAAAAAAAGCCGGCGAGAUGUGGGAAUGCAUCUACCAGCUGGAGUCAGAGAAAUUUGAGCUGGCGGAGAAAAUGAAGCGGCAAAAGUAUGAGAUCACCGUCCUUCUGAACAGAAUCCAGCAUGCUCAAAAAUUCAAAAAGGGUCACGGUAAGGCCAAGUUUGGAGGACGCUGGAAGUAAGUCGACACUCAAGUGACAAAAAAAAGUUGCCGAUGGUCUUCUGGGAAGAAUUUUGCAGUGUCG